UAACAUCUUUCCUAUUUUAAAUAUGGAAAGAUAUGACUCUUGGUGUAAGCAACUCACGAAAGAAGCAGAUGCGAAGUUCAAUCAGAUGAUUGAAAAAAACAUUUCCAACCGUUUGAAUCUCUUCAAGCCCUUAUUAUUGCCUAAAAAGAUUAAUGAUUCUGAUAUGAUAGUAGCUAAAACAGAUAGUAAAAGAUGUGAAUUGUUUGAUAUAAUGGAAGCAGUGAUAGAAUUUGAUCCAAAACAUUCAUUACCUAUUGACAUUAUGGGAUCUCAUAUACCAGUAGUUAAGGAAAGGGCAAAAUUAGAAUUAAGAGAUCCUGAAAUAUAUCGUGACAAA